AAAUUAAUUGAAUUCAGGAAAAGUGUCAGCAAGUGCAAUGCGUCAGAGCGACCCCGAUAUUUUUUCGAUUUUUUCGGCUCAUACUACGGAAAUAGUUACUUGCCACGCCCAGGUAGUGGGAAGGCUUAAGUAUUCAUAAAAGCCGAUUAAUCUUUCGCCCACAAGGACUUCCAACAUAAAGCACAGAAGUUGAGCAUAGAAGGGAUAAUUAAGCCCCCCAAAGUGGCAUUUACAGCUCCUGCAUCCACUUUUGGAACUCCUCCCUCUGCUGCUGCUGCUGCUGCUGUAGUCACCCAAGCCCUCUUACCUACGCGACCAGCCAUAUAGCGCUCUUUCGAAGAGCAGUGAAAUAAAUUGACGCAACCAACGAUUAACGGUUCCCCCCUCUUUGCACGUCACUCUCUCCCCUCGUACACAAAAGAUAAUGUCGGAAAUUGUGGAUACUGAACUGCUGGUGAACUGCACAAUUCUCGCCGUGCGUCGCUUCGAGCUGAACAGCAUUGUGAACACAACGCUGUUGAAUAGCCUCAACCGUACCGAGGUGGUCAGCCUUCUAUCCGGCAUCAUCGAGAACCGAGAUAAUCUCGGUAGCAUCAACGAGGCAAAGGACUUUCUCACUGAAUGUCUAUUUCCAUCGCCCACGCGCCCAUAUGAGCUGCCGUGGGAGCAGAAAACCAUUUGGGCCAUCGUAUUUGGCCUGAUGAUGUUCGUGGCCAUUGCGGGCAAUGGCAUAGUGCUGUGGAUUGUUACAGGACAUCGCAGCAUGCGCACGGUCACAAAUUAUUUCCUGCUGAACCUGAGCAUCGCUGACCUGCUAAUGUCCUCAUUGAACUGUGUCUUCAACUUUAUAUUCAUGGUGAACUCGGAUUGGCCAUUUGGCUCGAUUUAUUGCACCAUCAACAAUUUUGUGGCCAACGUAACGGUUUCAACAUCGGUCUUCACCCUGGUCGCCAUCUCCUUCGACAGAUACAUUGCCAUAGUCCACCCCCUGAAACGGCGCACGUCGCGUCGCAAAGUGCGUUUUAUUCUCGUCCUGAUCUGGGCACUGAGUUGUGUGCUCUCCGCCCCCUGCCUGCUCUACUCCAGCAUCAUGACAAAGCACUAUUAUAACGGAAAAUCGCGUACAGUCUGCUUUAUGAUGUGGCCCGACGGACGCUACCCGACGUCGAUGACCGACUACGUCUAUAACUUGACUCUGUUGGUGCUGACCUACGGCAUACCGAUGAUCGUAAUGCUCGUUUGCUACUCGCUCAUGGGUCGAGUGCUGUGGGGCAGUCGCUCGAUAGGCGAGAACACGGAGCGCCAGAUCGAGUCGAUGAAGUCGAAGCGAAAGGUCGUUCGCAUGUUCAUUGCCAUCGUCUCCAUCUUCGCCAUUUGCUGGCUGCCCUACCACAUGUUCUUCAUCUAUGCCUACCACAACAACCAGGUGGCAUCCACGAAGUACGUGCAGCACAUGUAUCUCGGCUUUUACUGGCUGGCCAUGUCCAAUGCCAUGGUGAAUCCGAUCAUCUACUACUGGAUGAACAAGAGAUUCCGCAUGUACUUCCAACGGAUAAUUUUCUGCUGCUGCAUGGGCCUGACACGCUACAAGUUCGACUCGCCGAAGAGUAGGUUGGCGAACAAGAACAGCUCGAAUCGAAACACUAGAGUGGAAACUAAAAGCCAAUGGAAGCGCAGCACAAUGGAGACGCAGAUCCAGCAGGUGCCCACCACAUCGUCGCGGGAGAGGAAGGCGGCGGGGGCAGCGGCGAACCACAUGGCCGUGGAGUGCGUCAUCGAGAGGCCAAUGGAUGACAAUAGCUCGCCCAUUUGUCUAUCUAUAAACAACAGCGCGGGCGAGCGUCAGCGAGUGCGGAUUAAAUACAUUUCAUGCGAUGAGGACAACAAUCCCAUUGAGGAAGCAUCCGAGAGCAGCAGCAACCACAGUCACGGUCACAGCCAUAAUCACAGUCGCAGUCACACUCACGCUCACAGAUGCAGUCACAGACAAAAGAUGACAGGAACUCAGGAGCUGUGAUGGACAAGUUUCAAAGCGGUUUCAUCUUCUCCAUGAGAGCCACUCAAAAGAGAACAAGUCUCACUGUAAAUACGAAUAUUAGCGAGAUUAUAUGAGUUUUUAGAGUCUAAUGAAAUACGUUCUAGUGCAGUCCACUUUGUACUUACUUG